AUGGCAGUUGCGACCGCCGUCGGCGGGAGUUACAUUCCCUACGAAUUCCGCCGCUCCGUGCCGUCGCUGUCCAAAAUCGCCGCUCAAAUCAAACCUACAACCAUUGCGCCGCCGUUAUUCAUAUCCACGAACGUAAAGCACGUGAAUCUGCACCACCUCCGAGACCUCUACGCCAUCUGCAAUCACUCCUGCCACCGUUACCCUACCGUCGAUUCCGACGGCAGGGUGGAUCCGGUCGACAUUCUCAAGCUCCAAACUGCACUUUCUCACAGCUCCGUCGUCGUUUCGGUGUUCACCAAGCCUGAGUUCCUAGCUCCCCAACCUUCUACAGCAUCGAAAUCAGGAAAUUCCGUCGGCAUCGGUGGAGAUUGGAUAAGAAGAGUAACGCCUGUGAAUCCAGAAAACGGAUGGCUCAUAGGCUUCGGCCGAGCGGUUUCUGAUUUAGGAUUGACUGCUUCGAUCUACGAUGUCAUAGUUCAUCCUGCAUUACAAGGAAGAGGAAUUGGCAAGAAAAUUGUGAACAGAAUUCUAAGAAUUCUCACUCACAGAGACAUAUAUGACAUUUCGGCACUCUGCACUGAGAAACAACGGUUAUUUUUUAGUAAAUGCGGAUUUGAGGACAAUGAUGGUAUGGGAUCCAUAACAAUGAUGUAUACGCGCUCUGUGAAAGGUUGUCCCGAGGACGAGAAGAUGAUACGUGCUAAUAAGAAGCAACUAUAAGCUCCCCCUCUAAGGGAAAAUAUGUUGGAGGAGUGGCUCUUCCGAGACACCAAACGCUGCUCGCAAGAAUUUAUCAAUACUCGACAAGAACUCUUCAGGCUUUUCUUCCUGGGGCAAGUGGCCACAUUUCUUGAUUUCUACAAAGGAAGAUCCCGGAAUGGCUUGCGAAAGUCUUUGAGAGUUCCAAGCAGUUUGCUCCUUUUUGACAGUUUUCUGCCAAGGAAACGGAGCGAAAAUUGCAGGGCAAACAAGGAUCAGAGCUGCUACACGUUCGGGGGCGUGGAAAUACGCAUUUACUGCUACAAGGGCACCAGCUGAGUGUCUGAAAAUCUUCAUUG